AUGGGCUUCAGCUGUCGCGUUCCUUGUGUCAAGCCACUCUGGAACAAGACACUGCGUCAGAAGCAUCUCGCCCGGGCUAAAGACAAAAAGGACUGGGCUUCUGCUGAGUGCGCUCUGUAUGUAGUGGACUUGAAGAAGUUUAGGAAGAUUGCCGCUGGGGACAGAUUACGAGGCCAGUAUCAAGCCCUGAGCCAAGACCCCAACAGUCUGUCCAACCUGGACCAGGACCUUCCUAACAACAUGAUCCACCAAGUGGCCAUCAAGUCUCUUCCACAGGAGUGGUUGUGGUGUGAGACCUGGUGUGAUGACACCUCUAAAGUCACAGCUAAGACUAUAGACCUGUGCAAUAACCCGAAGACCAAGGAGCCCAAGCUGACGGCUGCAGCAAGGAUUGUGCCUGAGUGGGUUGAAUAUGACAACGAGAUAAAACAGCUACUGAGUCGGGUCCAGGAACAGGACACAGCAACGCAAAAACAGACUCCCUUUCCCUCACAACAUAAAAAAGACAACCGGCGUGAUGAACUUUAGUGCCUGCCAGCACCAUGCUGAAGAGGAAGAAGGCAGCACCUUUUUCUAACAGGCCACCUGUGAAGCUUGAAGACAGACAAUUCCAUCUAAACAUAGCCAUGCAUCCUCAGCCAGAGAAAGAUGUGAUAUUUGCAGAGAUACCAUAUCUGCUUCUGCAGUCAAAUAUGCUGUACAAAAUGAACAUGUGAUGUAAGUGUUAACUACCAACUGUGAACUUGUAGAGUGCUAUUAGCACUGCUAUCAGGUCUCAGUUAGUAUGUUGUUACCGGAGAAUGAAGGGUACACAGUAAGAAUAAUGGGGUGAGGUCAAUCAAAGCACUCUAUUAUUUGCAUGUGUGUGUGUUCGAGAAUAAUUAGUUGGCGUAUAUUGCACUGAUAAUGUAUGCAAAGAAUCAACUAGAGAAGGCACAUCUUUAUGAAUCUGAUUUCAUAGUGUAUUAUCGAUAUUAAUAAGGAAAAUUCGUUCAAAAAGCUAAUUCCCAAACCAAAGCUGUGGUGACAUAAAGCUGAUCUGUUUUCAAAGGCGAUACCUUACUGCAAAGUGGUUACAUUAGAACUUGGGGACCGUACAAAUAUUGGGUGUAAUUUUUAUUUUUGCUGAAGGGAGGGUAGUCUGACUUAUAUUGUGAGGGUCAGGAAGGGUCUUUUUCGUACCUUCGUUUUUCUUACUCCAAGUCUAUUUUAUUUCACCCUUCCCUUGAGAAAGUUCUUAUUUACAGUUUAGACUCGUGCUUUACAGGUGUAACUUUAACCCUCGUGUUGUCCUCAGGUCAAGUUGAUCCGUUUUCCUAUAUCAAUGUUCUUUUUAAUUACCCACAAAACAUGAUUGAUCCACACAAUGCUCUUUGACUAGUACAAAUCUCUGCUUUCAUUAUUUUUGGGUCAUCUUAAUAAAGUUUAUAGCAUAAAGUGUUUUGGAAAUUGAGUAAAAGACAUAUU